AUGAGUAAGAAUAUGGAGGGCCAGAAGCGGAAGAAGGUUCUGGUGGUGGGUGCUGGAGCUGCUGGCAUGUCCUGCGCACACCACCUCUCCAACCAUCCGGACAAAUUCGACGUUACAAUCGUAGACGCCGUCGACUACUGCGGAGGCCAAGCCUACUCGAUCCCAUUGAACAAGCAAGAGACGGGUGCAUCAUGGCUCAAUCAAGGCGUGCAGGGAGGCUCAUACAUCUUCCACCACACAUUGACGAUGUUCGCGAGGAACGGGUAUUGGGCGGAUCCUGUGAAGCUCCAGGUCUCCUUUGGCAAAGGCGAGCAGUUCUGGAGCAACGUAUACCCCACGAAGCUACUUGAGAAGCAUUCGGGCGAGGUUAGGAGAUUCAGGACGAUGCUGAGUGUAGUGCGGAUGUUCGAGAUCUUCUUUGCUCUUCUGCCGAUCAAGUAUCUGGUCAAGCUGUUUCGCUUCUCGGACGAGUUUGCGAACAUUGUCACGCUGCCAAUGGUUGCGCUGUUCCUGGGCACCGGAAACUACACACCUGAGGUCCCUUCGAUGAUCUUGGAGAGAUUGUGCACGAGUCCCACGUAUGGCAUGUGGUAUCCCCCGGUCAAGAACAGCGUGGCUUCGAAUCUACCGCCAAUGGUCGUCUUCCCGAACCUGAGCGAUUUCUACGAGACUUGGAGGAAGAAUCUGGUCAAGAGGGGAGUCAAUGUCCGCCUGUCGACGGAGGUCACAAGAGUGGUUCGCAGGGACAAGAAUGGGGUGACCGUGAAGAUCGUCGGGAGGACCCCAGUCGCGGAUGGACACAACCCCAACUCUGCUUGGGUUCCGGACGAUGUUGAAGGCUCCAAGGCAGAUCCAGAUGCAGUGGAAACGACCGAGGAGUACGAUGAGAUCGUCCUUUGCGUCCUAACUGACACUGCGAAGCGUCUGUUGAAGGAAACCAUUACAGGCGUCGAGUCUCGAGUCCUGGGAUCUGCCAAGUUCGCAAACGACAUCACCGUCACGCACCAAGACCACGAGUACAUGAAGCGCCACUACGAGAACUUCUACGAAAAAGACCUCGCCGUCUCCUCAAUCAACGGCGAAGGCAUGCAAUCACGCUGCGACUUCGCCAAAGACAACUUCAAAGCCAUGUACCUCAUCCGCAUGUACCCUCAAGACCUCACCAAGCUCGAAAUGUGCUUCGACUGCACCAACUACCAAGCCCAAUUCCCACCCGAAGUCCCCUUCGACAAGCACGUCUUCCAGACAAUCUUCCUCAACAAAGAACGAGACGGCCAUCUCUGGACCCUGGACGAGAUCGACGAGAAGAAGAUCAUCCGCAAGGACUGGUGGCACCAGCUCUGCCACAGCUUCACACACUACCUCUUCGUCGUCCCCUGGAUGUGGCUCCUCCAAGGAAAACGCCAUACCCGCUACGCCGCCUCCUGGACGCUCGUGAACGCCCACGAAGUCGCCUGCAUCAGCGGUAUCAGCGCCGCCGUCGACCUGGGCGCCGACUACCCCGAAGACCUUGAGCGAGAUAAGUUCGCGUUCCUGGCGUUCAGGCUCUACUACCUCCUCAUCUAUGGCAAGUGGUUCAGGCGGAGAGCGACGAAGAAGAGCAGGGACGGCGAGGGCGCACAAUGGGCGACGGGGAAUGAGUAUGGGAGUAUGUAUAAUGGGCCCGGUGUGCAGACGGGUACGGAUAGGAAGAUCUGGAGGCAGGAGGUCGAGGCUGGGAGGAGUUUGGAGGGGUUUUGA